AUGGAAAACGAGACAUUGAUAGGAAGAGUUGUGAAAUACACCGAUGAAAAACUGAAUCACAAAUUCGCAGAGGUGAUUGAGACUGAGGAUGAAAUUGUUAAAUGCAAAGAACUUUUGAGGCCUGAGGACACAAAAGCUGGAAGACAUUUGUAUUGUGGAGAUCGAGAGCUUUACCGUGGAAGUCUUGUUUUUGAGAUGAAUAAGGCUGAUAUAAAAGACUCUUACCCAAUUGUAUCAUUGCAGGAGUAUCCUACAUCAAAAGGAUUUCUGGUACGCCAAUCUUAUAGUGCAAGCACAAAAUCAUUUACUCCAGCAAAGCUACCAAUAGUUUGCCUGUGCCAGCAGCCUCUUAACCCUGAUAUAAAAUUUGCAAUAUGUCAGAAAUGCAAUCAAGUCUUUCAUGAUGCCUGCCUUACAGAUGUUUCUUCUUGUCCAGACUGCUCUUUACCCUUUAAAAGGCAGCGCAUUGAAAUCCUUGACUUAGACUCUCCUAAAAAGCUGCAAAAAACUUCCACAAAAGCUCGGGUCGUCAAUAACGAAAAUUUGCCUUUAGAUAUAGACAAAUAUAAAAACCUUGACGAAAACAGCAGAGAAAGGCUGCAAGAUAAUGUAAUGAAAGUCCACAAUAACUAUAUAUCUCUCCAAUCAAGUUUAUCAUAUGAAGAAAAAGCAAGGCAGCAACUUAUCUGCAAAAUAAUAAGCAGCCUUUAUCUUGCAAUAGAAGAAAACAGAGACUUGAAGAUUUCUAGAUCUUCUAAAGAUUUAGAAAAAAAAGCUAUGGAAAUUGAAGCUGCAAUUUAUUAUUCAGCAGGAAGCAAAACAAGCUCAGCAGCUUAUAAAGGAAAAGUCAGGUCGUUGAUAUUUAAUCUAUGUGAUGAAAAAAACCCUGAUUUUAGGUUUGGGAUUUUGAAAGGAGAAAUCAGCGCUAAGGAGAUUUCCAAUAUGCAGUCAAAAGAUAUGGCGUCUUCUGCGAUUAAAAAUUUUAGACAGGAAAGGCAAAAAAAAUAUACUGAAGAAAACUUGGUCUUGCCUCAAAUUGAAGCAAAAUUGAUGGUAAAAACUCAUAAAGGAGAAGCGGUUUUUACAAUGGAAGAAGGCAUAACUGAUGAAACAAGCACUGACAUUUUAGAUGUGCUGAGCAAAAAGAAUGCAAAAAGAAUAGAAGAGAAUGGGAUUGAAGGAACUGAUGAGGAUGAUCCGUUUAAUCCGGAUAAUUAUGGUAAUCAGUCUAAAGAGGAAACAAAAAAUGAUGAAGGGGUUAGUCCACAAAUUUAUGAGCUUGUAAAAGAUUGGAUGCCAAAAACAUUGUCAAGCAAGCUUAAAGAAACGCUAGGACAUUAUCUUGAGCGAGAGCAGUCAAGUAGGGUUUUAUCCAGAAUUAAAUUUCUUUCUCAGAUAAGCAAAUCAAAAUAA